AUGACACAUGAGACCAAUGUAGUGGCAAACAAUGAGCAUACACUAACGCCUGGUGAUCAGACCAAAGAUACACCUAUGGCUGAUGUGUUUGAUGGAUACAAAGAUUUGUCUGGUGUUCAAAUUUCACAGAAGUUUCCAGGGUAUGGUCAUAUGAACCAUCAUUUGUGUGGAUCAGACUGCCCUUGGAAUGCAUUGGUGACAAGCACUUCUGUCAAGCAUGAUAUCCCUGGCCAGGGUUACAAGUUCAUCAUCAGAGUGGCGAAGAAGGUCAACAUGGACAAAAACAAGAUUAUGACUGCUCACAGGGCAUUGCCGUUGUUUGAUGAAGUCAAGGUCAUUCACAAGGGGAUGCACACACUGGAUGGGGCUGGCCCUUCCAACAGACAAUGUGGAUUCACCAAAGCCAAAGAUGAUGACACCAGCAAGAUAAUGAGGGAGAAGAUUGUUAUGUUCGACAAGCUCACUCCAAAGGAGCUGGAAGCAAGGGAACUUUCUUUGGCGAGAGUCCAAGCACAGGAUGAUGAUGAUCAAACCUAUUGCACACCCAGCAAGCAGGGCACUUCAAAGAAUAUGAUGCCCAGCCAUGGUGGAAUGGUGAACAGGUUGCAGGAAGCUACCACACUGGGAAAAGUCAAUGAUACAUUGCCUGUCAAAGUGUUGAAGAUGCAAUUGCACACAGACAGGAACAGCAGCAAAGGCAAACCAACAAACAACACCAACACUGAUACUGAAAAUGGCAAGAUGACCAAUUUUACAAACAUCACCAAGACUACAAAAACAAAAUUGUCACAUGCCAUGGAUUUUUCCACUGAUACCGACAACAUCACAAAGUCUGGCAUUAACUCUUCAUCCAUGAGGGUGAAGAAAAGGACAAUGAGCAUGCACCCUAGUAUCAACACAUCUGGUCUGGACAGCGAUCAAGAAUGGAACCAGAUAUCUCCUCUCACAAAGAUGAAGACUGCCAAAGAAACCAAAGCACAACACAAUGGCCUGUGCACCAGGUCCCAAUCAAGGUCUCAAAAGAAGGAUCCCCUCACGAUAAUCUGGAAAAUGGAAAGUACCAUCAAUAUGCUGAAAGAGAAACAUUCUGAGGUUAGAUUUGGAACUCUCAUCAAUCAUCUCAAAGAUCUGGCUACUAUCCUCAGUGGCGAGUUGAAGGAGAAGAAACAUAAAUGA